AUGUGCAGACAUUCCAGCAUUCAGGGGACAUCUGUCAUUUUGGGAAUGCUGUAUUGGGUUGAUCGCUCCACAUCUCCAUUGCCAGUCGCCUUCUCUUCAUCUUCAGCGCAGACAGAAUGGCAGUGGGAUGUGGAGCUUCAGAGCCUGCGUAGAGAAUUGAAGGCUGAGCAUGAGAGGAAUCAGACUCAAGAAAGGGAGUUAAGACUCAGUGAGGCCCGACUCCAAGCUGAGUUUAAUGACUGCAAGGAAUGUCUUCAGAGGACAGAGUUAAAGAUUCAAGAGGCAGAAACUCUUCUGAAGGAGCGUGAGGAGGUGCUGGAGAAUCUGCGUGGACGGUUGGAGGAGGUAACAGGUCGUCUUAAAUCAACCGAAGAGGCGCAAGCCUUGAAAGAGGUCAGGCUACAGAGGCACCUGCGCCUCCUGCAAGAGAGCCAGGAACGAGAAAGGAGGAGCUUCAGUGACAGCCUUGACCAAUCAGAACAACGAUCGAAUGAACUAGAGGAGCGCCUGAUGCAGAAAGAGGCUGAGCUGCAGAAAAGGCCAACAGGGGACGUUACUGAUGAACUUCUGCGAAGGUGCAAGGAGUUACAAAACCAGCUGGAAGAGUCAGACAGUGAGGUCUGUCGUCUGCAGGCACGCCUCCAAACCGAAGAGACUCUUUAUUAUGACAUGGAGCAUGAUUAUGAAAGAGCUUGUGAGGAGAUACAGAGUUUGCGAGGUGCUCUGCUGGACUGUGAAAGGGUAGGUGAGGAACGCUUUCAAACCCAGCUGGUGCAGCAACAACGAGAGUUAGACAGGAAGGAAUGUGAACUCCAGGAAGUGCUUCUUAAGAUGGCCAUCCUGGGCAGUAGUCUAGAGGAGACUGAACAAAGACUCAAAGAAGCUCAAACCCAUCUUUCUGAAGGUAAUGUUCUUUGUGAGACAUUGAUUGAGCCACAACAAUGCAGACAGAAAGGGCAGAGGGAUUUGGUAAUGAAAUCUACUUCUCAGGGAGACGAGUCACAUAGAGUGAUCUCUGUGAUCCAGGCACUAGAGCGCAAGUUAUGUGACACCGAAGAGCGACUCCGGGAGCUUACCAUGCAUCUUCAGCAACAGCAACAACUCAACACCGGACUGCAUGCAAUCAAUGAUUCUUGGUGCUCCCACAGUCCCCUACAGAAUCCAGAGGGUCGUCUUUCUGUAGAUUCUCAGCCGAGUUUUACUGGAGCUUUGCAUAACCUGGAGGGAACGGCUUUAGACAAAACCGCAGACAAAGCUAAAGUCUCCCUUUAUGAUGAUGGAAAAACUGGAAGCCGGAGGUUGGUUGGCGAGAGUUCAGGGAGAAAUCAAGCUCUGGAGAUGGUCAGCAGAGUUUCGUCACUGGAGGCACUGAUUAUCCAAAGGAUUGCCUCUGCUCUUGAGCAUCCCAGCUCAAAGUUGCUUAAUAAAUUGUCAGAGGUGCAUGUCCAGGUCCUUAGGAUGGCUCAAGGAGGCAGUCAUAAUGGGGCUGUAGAACCUAGAUACUCUCAGAUCUUCUUGGACCCUCUCGAACAAGAUCUGUUAGACAAUACGCUGAGUGAAAGUGCAAUCCAUAGACUGUGUUUAAGAGCAGAGAUGGCAUACCUCAUACAUACUCGCUGUACUUAUCCCUCGCAGGAGCCAAAGGGAUCUGAACUUUUUUAUGACUUGCCAUGGCCAGAGAGUUCCUCAUCUGGAACCAAAAUGGAAAACUGUUCGAAGCAGGGGACCAGACUUGCUGACAUUAGCCCGCCAGAACUUGCACCUUACAGUGAACAAACAGAGGACGAACUGGCGACCGAUCUUUUCAUUGAGGGCUCUGAGGUACAGCUUGCUUCUAGAAAGAGUCUGGUGGUAGAGCUCCGUGCUCAGGCCCAGUCACUGCAGAACCUCUCAACACAGCUACAGUCUAAUGUUAGAGAGGUCGACUUUCCUGGUGAACUACCCUCAGCCAUCCUGAGGGCUGCAACGUGUCAGGCCACUUUAGCAUACAUGGCCUGUCGUCUCCGUUCGGCCCUGCAGCAGGAAAUGAGUGCCCUACGCAAGCAGAGAGAGCAGGCUAAGUGUGAGUGUAGUGCCGUGUGUCGUAGUAUGGAGGCUAUGUUCCAGGAACAGACAGAGCAUUAUGAAGAGAAGCUGCGUGAGGAACGUGUUGUUGUCAAAAAGGCAGAACAGGAGCGUGUUUCAGCAGAGACCAAUGCUCAAUUGAGGAGGGAAGAAGCAGAAAAUUUGCAGUUGGAGUUUGAGGAGAAGCUCCAGGAGCUCCAGAAAAUCCAUGAAGAAGAGAUGAGCCGUCUCCAUGAAUACUACAUUCAAAACUUGUCAAAGCCAAAAGCUGCAACCCCCUCAGAACUAGAGGUGAGUGAAGAGACUGAGCAGGUUUCUGUGACCGCUCUGCAAGCCCGAAUCGGAGAGCUUGAGACUGAGAUGACUUGUUUGAGGGAUCUUAGCAACCAGGAUGUCAAGGCCUUCCAGCUUGACCUGGAAACCAUCAAGGCCACGUAUGAGCAUGGUUUCAGCAUUAUGGAGGACAGCCACCAGCGAGUGAUUGAGGAGAUGCAGAGGCAGCAUCAGAGAGAGGUGGAGAGACUGACAGAGGAGAGAGAAAGAUUACUGCAGGAAGAGACAAAUGCCACCAUUGCAGCCAUUGAGGCUAUGAGGAAAGCUCACAAAGCGGAAAUGGACAAGACUCAGAAAGCCCUGCAAAAUGGAGCCGGUGUGGACAUCCGCCAGCUUCAUGCACAAUACAAUGAGGAGCUAGAAACAUUGCACAGGGAGCUUGAGGUGUUGUCAGAGCAGUAUUCUCAGAAAUGCUUGGAAAAUACUAAUUUGACACGGACUAUAGAAACAGAAAAGGAAGCAUUGAAUACAACACAGAGAGAGAACCAGGAGCUUCGCAUUCACAACCAGGAAUUAAAUGAGUUUUUGGCUGCUGAAUUAUCCCUGAUGCAUUCACACAUGAAUGGGGAGGUGAAGCAUUCCCAGUCUUCUCAGGAGAAAGACAUGUAUCAGCUGGAGGUAAAUCUCAGAGUAAAGGAAUCAGAGAUCAAGUGUCUGAAACAGGAGAUCAACUCACUUAAAUUGGAACUGCAGGCAGGAAAUACGUAUUUUAAAGAGCUGGACUCUGAGCUGGGUGCUUCAGAAGUCAAAACUAAAAGUGACUUCGCUAAACUGAGGAUGGUGCCAGCAAGACAGCAGAGUUUAAAAUAUGAUCUGACGAAAUCCAGGAGCAGCCCAGGCUUCCUGAAGGACCAUGCUACACUUACGCAGCCUGACAGAUCCAAGAGUCUUAAAGAUGGACUCACUGUUCUGGAGAGGAUGAAGCUUUUUGAAUUAUCUAGCACGCAAAAGAUUUAAAUGUGUCUGUGUGAGAGAGGGAGAGAAAAAGAAGCAUUUUAAUGUCUUAUGUGGGUUAAAUUAUUUAAUUGUAUAUCUUUAUAACACAGUGAAUUAUAACUAUACCUUUAGUCACAGGUGUGUUUGUGUGUGUACGUCAGUCAUUUAAAUUUUUGCUUCGUUACUACUUUAGACAGUAGAGUUAUUUUUUUUUAUAUGAGGUUGUCUCUCUAAAUCUUAAACCGUCUUUGUUUCUAUUUACAUGUUUAUGCCUG